AUGUGCUUUGGUGGAACAAGCACAGGAAGAACAACCCAUCUGCGGCGGCAUCUUAAGAUCUGUCCAGCGCGGCCUGCAACAGGCCGGAUGCAGCAACAGAGGUCAUCUCCACAUCCUGGUUCCACAGUUGAGAACAUCUGGAAGUUCGAUCAAGACAGGUCUCUUGAAUUGCUCAUCAAAGCUUUAGUGUCCAACCUUUUCUCCUCUCCGUUGACAAGCAGCCCAACUUUUAGGCAGUUUUGGGCUGGCAUCUGUCCUACUAAUGAUGUGGUACCACAACGUGCUAUUGAAGAGAAGUUUCUCAGUAUUUUUCAGAAUGAAAAGCUUAAGCUUCAGGAGGAAAUAGCACUUGCACCUAGUGGAGUUUUUCUGACAGCUGCAAGCAGUUCUCUUGAAACUAAGUACUUCAUCUUUUUGACGGUGCACUUCAUUGACAAAGAAUGGAACUUGAAUAGGAAAAUCAUCAGAUGUUGCUUUACCGGGUGUCAAGACUUUGAUGCUGAGUAUUUUGUUAGCAUGGUUUCCAAUUUGCAAUCAUGCCACAAUUUCAUUAAUGGGAAUGUGAGAGCAGCUGAAGAAGAAAUAGUGAAAGAGGUAGUACAAAAUUGGAGGAUUGAGUGGAAGCUUCUAGGAAUUUCAUCACCCAGGUCAUUAGGUGAUGCUGCUGUAUCGGCUCUGGAGAAGAAUCUUACAGAACAGAACUACCUUCUUGCCAAAUAUGCCCUAAAUGACCUUUUUGGUUAUGAAAUCAAGGAAUAUGUCUUUAACAACGAGAUGCCAAAUCCUCAGCUUAUAGACUCCCGAUCUUAUCCAGCCAAGCCAUCUUUUGCACAGCUAAAGGCAGCAGAGAACUUCUGUGAUCUUGAAGCCUUUGGUAGUCAUGCCAAAAGGUACAUCUCUGAAGUGCGAGGAAAGCUAUAUGAGCUCUUUCUACAGUACUCUUGUCAUGUUGAUCAACAAAAUGAUGAGAGCUUUGAUCAGAGAACCAACGAUUUACAGUUGGAUACACAUGGUAACAUACCAGUACAUGACGCAAGUCAAAAUUACAUUGAGCAAGCAGCACAUGAGGAACUGGGAGAAGUCAUUAGAUACCUUGAAGGAGAGCUUAUUCCACAAAAUGCCAAUUUCAAUAUUUUGAAAUGGUGGAAGGAAAAUGCUUCGAUAUAUCCAACUCUUGCCAGACUGGCUCGUGACAUCUUAGCAAUUCCUGGAUCUGCAGUCUCUGCUGAAUCUGCAUUUGAUGAAACUGAUGAACGGACGAGCCUUUUCAACCGGAAGCUGAGUCCUGAAUUAGUUGAGGCCCUCAUCUGUACCCAGGAUUGGAUCAAAUCUUCAGAAACAAUUUCUCAAGAAGUUGGUGGAAACAUAAACAUGCCUGCUUAA